CCAAUUUGUUUGUGAUUCGGUACAUGAAAUCAGUGGCACAUUUUGCUGCCCUCUUGCAAUCCGCGUUACGGGGGCAUGGGCAUCAUGAAUUAUGCAGUUUCAAAAGUGCUUGUUUGUCGUUCAGACGAUGGUGGCAGCCAGCACCUCUGAUAUGUCGAUAACUUGUACCAGGCUACACGGCGCAACAUCCAAGAAGGCAGUCAUCCUUCAAAAACAACGUUCUCCGUCAUUUAGUAUGCACAAACUAUUUUAGGCACAUAAGAUUGUUUGUAAUGGCCUCAUCUUCGUCCCAUCUCACGAGUUUGCACGUCACGUUGGUGUGAAUCUCAUAUAGGGGAAACUAUGUUUUAUAUUUGCUGUAUAUUGGUGACCAUGAUACAACAUCCUUGGGGUUUUGGGACCUCGGAAUGGGAGUUUCAGAAGCAAGAUGGUUGUGAAGUGAUUUAAGUAUUUUGAGUUUUCUACUUUAUUUCAAUGGUCUUCAUAGUUUUUGAGAAAACGAUUUUUAUAUGUGAUAGCACGUGUGAUAUGAAUUACAGUAACGAAUAAAAAUGCAUUUUUCUAUUCCUGAUACAGAAGAAUUUAGCGAUGAAAGUGGUUCUACGUAUAUGGGCUACAACAUCCACAUAAAUGGAGUAUUUCACUGUACAGUUCGAUAUCGACAGUUGCACAACCUUCAUGAGCAACUCAAGAAAGAAUAUGGUGCCAACAAUUUACCUGUCUUCCCACCAAAAAAACUUCUCCCGUUAUCGUCCAGUCAGCUGGAGGAGAGACGUGCAAUGCUUGAAAAAUAUAUUCAAUCAGUUGGGCAAGAUCCUCGGCUGGUGAAUACAGACCUGUUUAAUGGUUUCCUGCUCUCAGCACAACAAGAAACAAGUUGUGAAAAGAGCCAAGAGGUUCCAUUAGAUGUCUUCCUUAUGAAUGGAUACAAGAUCUCCUUAAAUGUUGUGACAACUGAGAGAUCUGACCAAGUUCUUGAGAAAGCCUGUCAUCAGCUGAACCUGCCGAAUGAAUAUGUAUAUUACUUCUCUCUUUUUCUGAUAAACCGAGAAGAGGAUGGCGAUAUAACAAUUUUGAGGAAACUGCAGGACUUUGAAUCUCCAUACAUAUCAGAGAAAUCCAUCCAAGGUGUCCAUCGUGUUGUUCUCAGGAAAAGCUAUUGGGAUCCAGGCUAUGACUUGGAGCUCAUGUCAAACCAGGUGGCUCUCAAUAUGUUGUACGUACAGACAGUGGCUGAUGUGGAGAGAGGUUGGGUACUUAGCAGCAAGGAGACAAAGCACCAGUUGGCUUCAUUGCAGGCUCGGGGAGCUAAGAAGGAGUACCUGGAUCUGGCUCGCACAUUAAAGUACUAUGGUUUCCUUCAGUUCCGGCCAUGUCUUUGUGACUAUCCCCACCCUGGUUCUCGAGUAUUAGUGAGUGCUGGUAACAGGGAGUUGAAUCUACGUAUAAGACUGGCUGAAGGACAGGACAUGAGGGAGGGUAGUUUUAAAGUCGCACGGAUGAGGUGUUGGCGAAUUACAACAUUGCACAAUAAUGGUCAGAUGAGUACAGGAGGAAGUAGCAGCAGUUCAAAUCCUCAACUGGAACUGUCUUUUGAGUACCUCAUGUCGAGAGACAAACUGCAGUGGAUUACCAUUGCCAGUGAACAAGCCAUCUUGAUGUCAGUUUGCCUCCAGGCAAUGGUGGAUGAACUUCUACUCAAAAAAACAGGCAUGAAAAGAAAGCAGCCUGGUGAUAAGGUGAGGAAAGGAAGUUGGUCCUAUAUGAAGAGAGAUGGCAGUAGUCAAUUGAUUAGUGUCAGCCAGUCAGCAUCCAGUGAUGCGAUCUGUUCAAAUAUCAGCUCAGCGAAUGGAGAUGUUAAAUCUCCUAGCAAGAAUGAAUUCUCAACAUCAUCUAUGAGAAAAUUAUCGGAGAAGCUUUCGAGUGUGACUUUGAAGUCUUCUAGUAAGCAAACGCCACAUCCGUUUGUCGAGAAUGAUGCUUUUGAAUGUAUUGGUGAUGAGGACCUCUGAAUUGGCAUGAUGCUAUUGUAAGGUAUGUAUAAGCUCAAAUCUCAAUACUUGUUAAUGAUAAUUAAAAUGUCAUCUGUUGGCAUGUCUGUAAUUAAUAAGACUCAUCCUGCAGGAAGGUGUAAUUAACAUUUAAAGUUCACCAUUUUGCUGCAGUAACCAACUAACUCCAUGAAGCAAAGACAUUUUUAUGAAGCUAAUUGUUGUUCACCUAGUCAUGAAAUUCCCUGCCUUUUAUGGAACUUGAAGGCAGGCUUGCUUUCGUGUUCAUAACAGCCUGCCACUGAUCGCUUAUGAGCCAGGUGAUUCCAGUCCAUAUUCACACACACCUUGUUUGUUUGAGAUCCAUUUUGAUAUUGUCAUCCCACCUGUGUAUAUGUCUUCAUGUUUCUUCAUUUCAAAUUUUCUGAAAAAUUUAGUUUUCAGGUGGGAGAGAGAUCAUUUCCUCUUCUACCACACAAACAAAAUAUGGGACCCAACCCAGCCUCCAAUAAAAUUAAUAAUGAUUGCUCUUUCUGUGUGGUAAAGUACUGGAGCCUGAAGCUGACUACUUACUUCCAUAUAGAGCUGAGGUCUAGAAGGUGUGGAGUGUCACCCCUAGUCUUAUGUGUCAUGAUGCUGAUGUGCAUACACACAAGUAAAAUUUACCUUUACUUCAGAAUUGUUUCACAGAGGCUGAGACUUCAUUUUGGUUACUGCAGUUAUGGUCAUUGAGUAGAUUACUGUAAAGAAAAUUUCUUGUGUGAUAUUGGAUAAUGUUCUAUUUAGGACAUACUGAUGAUUCAGUAUAAUUUGUAUUGUAAAGGCUUUGGAAGGUGGAGACUUGUUGGCCUAAAAAUACAUAAUUCAUGAUUAAAACUAAAUUAUUUCACAACUGAAGUGUGGUGCAAUGCUCAUGUAGGUCAUGAUUAUGAAAAGUAAACUUCAUAUAUUUGUGGCAAAAAGAUGACAGUAGAUGUUGCUGUAUUUAUGAAUCUCUUGUCAUCUCCUUACAGAGAAUGUUCACUCUGUGGAUUAAUGCUUGUCAUGCAUUUGGGUGUCUGUUGGUUCUUACUCUGGAUUUUUUUUUUAUUUCAAUGACUAUAUACUUUGAUAUAUUUUCUUAUAAACCAUUAAAGACAAAUCAGACAUCGGUAUUAUUUAGAAUUACACGACUGUUAGACAAAUGUAUGAUGCUUCCUUCCUGUGUAUAUGUAUUUAUAUAUGCUACUUUUAUUUGUACUCAUUACAUUAGAAACCUGUAUAACACAACUUAAACCAAAUGGUUCAUUAUUAAGUACAAAAAUGUAUAUAGAAUUAUAAUUAAGUCUAUGAUUUUAUUUUGUUUAACCCUUUACUCUGCAAUUUAAAUUAACCAUUUCUUGAUAUGAUUUGGCCAGUUAAUUAAAAUGUUUUUCAUGCUACACAUUGAUGUGUUUAGUCUGGCAUGGGACCUUUAAUUUGACUAUGUUCUCUCUUAUAUGAAGCAGACAGUUAAAGCAAUGGUUGGGCAUAAAACAUAAUUCUGAAGGGCAAAUCUUGACCCUUUUGGGGAUAACUGUUGUCACCACAUCACCCAUUAAUGCUUUAAUUUUGGUGGAUUCUCUAAUCCAGUCUUUUCCUUUCCUUUUCUAUAUUUUGCCUCACUUGGACGUAAGACUCAUGAUCUAACCAAAGAGGGCUUGUUCUUCAUGCUAUAUAUAUAUAUAUAUAUAUGAGAGAUUUUUUGUGUGAUGUGCUCACACACAUGAGAAAUGUUAUGUUAUCAUGCAGAGUGAAAUGCUUGUGCCACAUAACACAUCAACUGUUUAUGUCAACUUCACGAGUCCUCUCAGAUAAUCUUUCAGAUAUUGGCAAUGGUCUCAUCAUUACAAUCUGCCAUUGGCAUGUGUCAUCCUCCGGUGACAGUUCCGCAUCCAUGGAACACUUUGACCAUUUGUAUUCUGCAGCCCGGGUCUCGACUUUAUUACUGUAGGUUACCCUGUUCAUGUAAAUUUGUUAAAAUGUCUUGCCCAAUUUUACACGAAGUUUAUUGCUCAUUUGCUCUUCAAGUUGUGAGAUUCUGUGAUGCCAAGUUCUGUAGACAAAAUCCACCAAAGCAAACACUCUAGUGAUGUAUUAUGAGCCCUCAAUGUGACAAGUUCUUAAGUUGUAUGUGUAUCAUAUUUAAUAUUUUACUUUUUUAUUUUAUCUUCAAAAUGGAUCUGUGGCUUUUAUAUAUGUGUUUUUAUAAGGAUAGACCAAAAACUAACACACAGCUGUAACUGAAAACAUUUAUCAAUCAUAAAACCAAAAAUUAUGUGCAAAAUAUUUAUACAGUGAAUUUAUUUUUAUCAACUUCCAAAUUCCUAAGAUUACUGUUGUAGUUAUAAUUUGUAGUAAAUAUGACAUGUUAAAGAUGUACAUGCAAAGUAAAAAGAACACUUGCAGAACAUCUGUUUGCAGGGUAUGAAAACCAAAUUAACAUCCUUAAUGAAGGUCUGGUAAUACAAUAUCAAAUUUAGGUAUAUUUAAGUCUGAAAUUUGACCCUUUCCAUUAAUGUGGAUGCCAUGCUAGCAGAUGACUUGAAAGGACCAAAUUUCAAACUUGAUUUGCUGCCCAUGGUUUCUAUGAAAAGAUUUACUAGAAUGGGCUGCUACAGGCCUGGCCCAACCUGUUGUAUAAUUUGUAGCAAUAAAUGCACACUCUUAUCACAUCUUGGGACUGCAGUAACAGGACACUGUUAAUGAAUUCAUCAACAAGCUGAUGAUGUAAUGUAACACAUUGUUUUAUUCCUAAUAAUAAAAGUAGGACUUGCUCUAAGACUGGCCUAUGAUAGUGUUCAGGUACAGUUUCUGUUAGAGCAAGUGUAUGCAAAUAUUGAACUAAACAAGCAAUUUAAAUGUAUGCAGAAUUAUUUUAGUAUAUUUUUAAAAGGGAAAAGUGUUUUGUCUUUAAUAUCUUAACAUUCAGACUCUCCAUAAAUGAUGCACUUUUUGUAGGAGAUGAAUUCUAUGCCAGUUUCAAGUUCCUUUUCGUGCUUCAUUUAAUUUCCUUGUACAGAGGCAGCUUGGGAGAGAAACCUGAUCUAAACAUAAUAUGGGUUUACCUUUACUCUCAUAUAGGAUUAGUGUAUAACUGAAGCUGUGAUUAUUGUUGGUAAUGUUGAUACUAUAUCAGAAAAUUCUUUGUACUUGCAAUGAUUAUUUUGUAUAGUCAUACAGAGUGCUGAGGAAACUAAAGCAGCAAAGGACUGGAAAAAAUUACAUUAUCCAGAGCUUCAUAACUUGUACUCUUUAACUGAUAAUGCUAAAGAUAGUUAAGGACAAGAUGUGUGGAACUUCAACAUAUAUUUGUGAAAUAAAAAUGCAUACAAAAUUUUGGCCAGAAAAUUUCAAGGCCCGACACCACUUGGGAGACCUUGCAGAGAUGGAGAAUGGAUUUUAAGGAAUGGGCUGUGAAGAUGUGGACUGGAUUCAACUUUCUCUCUGUAGGGUCUAUUGGUGAUAUUUUGUGAACUGUGGCCUACUGGACUUUCCGAUGUGAAGUGGGUAUUUUCAUCAAGGAAGAACUAAGAAUAUUAAUAUUUACAGAUGAUCCAAAUGGAAAGUGCUUACUUUUAAAUGUAACUAUUGUGAGUAUAUGUAAAAUAAAAAUUACUUUAAUUUUACUUGCAGCCUGGACAGAAGCUUCUUAAUGCAAAAUAAGUUUCACACUGUUUCAAAUUUGAAAUGUUCAAUGUUUACAAUGUUUGUGUAUUGGUACAAGGCAUAUUUCUUUGAGAAGUGGAAUAUAAAUGACAUUCCAUAGCCAGAAUUGAAUUCAGGUAUCCGAAAGAGUUGCAUCCACAACUUUGUGCUGUCAUUUAUGGAAGGUCCGUUCACAGAACAAAUGAGGUGCCAAGUUUACAAUAUUUUAUAUGAUAUUGUAUUAUGAUAUUCAUAUUAAUGAUAAAGAAUGCAAAGCAUCUA